GCGCCACAUCCGGGGCGGAGACGGCACCGCCAUGGCGGCGGCGUUCAAGACUGUGGAACCAUUGGAAUAUUACAGGAGGUUUUUGAAGGAGAACUGUCGGCCUGAUGGAAGAGAGUUAGGUGAAUUUCGGACAACCACUGUCAACAUAGGUUCAAUUACAACUGCAGAUGGUUCUGCCCUGGUGAAGUUAGGAAAUACCACAGUGAUUUGCGGAGUAAAAGCGGAACUUGCUGCACCUGCAGUGGAUUCUGCUAAUAAGGGAUAUAUUGUUCCAAAUGUGGAGCUGCCAUCCCUCUGUGCAGAGAGGUUUCGCUCUGGACCACCUGGUGAAGAGGCUCAAGCAGCAAGUCAGUUCAUCGCAGAUGUGAUUGAAAAUUCACAGAUGAUAGUGAAAGAAGAUCUGUGUAUUGCCAAUGGCAAGCUUGCGUGGGUGUUAUACUGUGAUAUCAUAUGUCUGGACUAUGAUGGAAACCUUCUGGAUGCCAGUGUCUUUGCUUUGUUGGCAGCAUUAAAAAAUGUGCAAUUGCCGUUGGUUACGAUAAAUGAAGAAACUGGUUUAUCAGAAGUUAAUUUAAAACAGAAGAAUCCUUUGAUUAUGAGAAAGCAUCCGGUUGCCACAUCAUUUGCUGUAUUUGAUGACACAUUACUCAUUGUUGAUCCAACUGCUGAAGAAGAAGAUUUAGCAACUGGAACAGUAACCAUUGUAACUGAUGAAGAAGGCAGACUGUGUUCUGUCCAUAAACCAGGUGGAAGUCCUCUUACAGGAGCCAAGCUUCAGGACUGUAUCACCAGAGCAAUUACAAGACACAAAGAAGUAAAGAAGCUCAUAGACAAAGUAAUAAAAAGUAUAACACCCAAGUGAACAAAAAGAGAGCUCUUUUCAAAAAUGGAUUUGUAAAAAUUGUAUUUGUUACAGUGUUCACAAACCUUUUAUACUAAAUAAACAAAUAUCAAUACUA